CCUUGCGGUCGUCCAGGAUUGAUUUCCAAAAUUAAUUCCAGUUUAUCUGCGAAAUGAUUCUUAAUUACCUAUAUUUAUUGGUACUAAAAGUAGGAUUGAUCUGUAUUUGUGUCCGAGGAUGGACUAUAAGUAGAAAAAAGACAAUGAUUUGGGGCCCUGGUCUAGAAAAUGAUGCUGUUUUACCGGCGAGAUAUUUCUUCAUUCAAGCAGUUGAUACACAAGGAAGAAAUUUAGAUGGUGUUUACCAUGAAGGAUGUUAUUGUCCACAAGAAGAGCCUGUCCACUGGGAAACUGCACUAAACUGUCCUAUGAACUAUACACAAAUAAACAGAGAUCUGUACAAUUUUCCCAAGAUUAAUCUGAAGAGACUCGCUAAGGAGGGUGUGGACAGAUUUGGCAUCCACAAUGCUCUUUGCCACUACUCUGUUGUUAAUAAUAAGAUUUAUAGAAAAACCCAUGGGGAACAUGUUGGAUUUUCAAUGUUCAUGGACAAUAUAUUAUUAUCUAUGGUUAUCAUGGGAAGAAAGAAACCUGAACUCUAUGAUGUUGCUCUGACAAAUUUCUUCUUUUUUCCUUAUGAUGAGAAAAAGUAUGGUCCGAAAAUGAAACAUAUAUCUUUCUUUGACUUUUUCAAGUGGAAAUACCAGAUCAAUAUAGAUGGUACUGUAGCAGCUUAUCGAUUCCCUUACCUCAUCGCUGGUGAUGCUGUAGUCUUCAAACAAGACAGCAAUUACUAUGAGCACUUCUACAAAGAACUCAAACCUUGGGUGCAUUAUAUUCCAUUCAAGAGAGAUCUCAGCGACAUAGAAGACAAACUAAACUGGGCAAUACAUAACGAUCAAAAGGCCCAGAAGAUCGCGCAGCAAGCGCAGCAAUUCGCGCGCGAAAAUCUUCAAGCUCGUGACGUCUUCUGUUAUCAUUGGGUGCUAUUUAAGGAGUACGCCAGACGACAAUCAACRAAACCAAAAAUCCAUAAAGGAAUGGAGCAUAUAAAACAACCAGAUGACCACGAAAGCCAGUGUGACUGCCUACGAAGACCAAAC